AUGGCGACUGUGCUUCCGCCCCCCAGCAAGCGCCAGAAGGUCGCUCAGGCCGAAAAGGCCCGCGAGCAACAAGAGAUCCAAAGUAUUCCCAGCGACUUGGGCAGUGUCCGCGUCCAAUUCUACGACCAGUCCACAGGCAAUGCCACCGGGCCCGCCGUCUCAGUGCCCGUGGCCGAUGCGAACAUUAAGAACCUCGAGACACUCCUCAACACAUUACAAGGCAAUGAUGACGACGAACGGGUGCCCUAUCGGUUUACCUACCAGUCCGAUACCAAGGAAGGCCAGACCAUCGACAUCCUCGCCAAUCUGUACCACUCGCUGCUCCAACCAGGAUUGAAGACGACCGAAGAUACCAUCCCACUGUACUUCACCCCACAAGCUGUGUUCCGCGUCAAAGCCGUUUCGCGCUGCGCCGCAUCAAUAGCCGGGCAUGGCGAGGCAAUUCUCGCCACGUCUUUUUCCCCAGUUUCUUCCUCGACCAUGGUGUCGGGCAGCGGUGAUGCGACUGCCCGUGUCUGGGACUGUGACACGGGGACCCCGCUGCACACCCUCAAGGGGCACACCAGCUGGGUGUUGGCGGUGGCAUACUCGCCGAAUGGGGCGCUGAUCGCGACCGGCAGCAUGGAUAACACGGUACGAUUGUGGGACGCGAAGAAGGGCCAGGCACUCGGUGGGCCGCUCAAGGGCCAUGCAAAGUGGAUUACAAGUUUGGCGUGGGAGCCGUACCACGUUCAAGAAUCCGGGCGGCCACUUUUGGCGUCGGCAUCCAAGGACUCGACAGUUCGGGUGUGGGAUGUAGUGUCCAAACGCAUCGAAAAUGUGCUUACUGGCCACAAAGGCUCGGUCACCUGUGUGCGCUGGGGCGGCACCGGCAAGCUCUAUACGGCAUCCCACGACAAGACAAUCAAGAUCUGGAAUCCGAAGGAUGGUACUUUGUUACAGACCCUCUCGGCGCAUGCCCACCGUGUGAACCACUUGGCGCUGUCCACAGAUUUUGCGCUUCGUACUGCCUACCAUAACCACACGGGCAAGGUUCCCGACACCGAGGCGGAAAAAGUCGCUGCGGCCCGGAAACGUUUCGAAGAGGCGGCUACGGUCAACAAUGUCAUCGUGGAGCGGCUUGUGUCUGCCAGCGACGACUUCACCAUGUACCUGUGGGACCCGGCGAGCUCGAGCAAGCCCGUAGCCCGACUCCUGGGCCACCAGAAGGAGGUAAACCACGUCACGUUUUCUCCGGACAUGGCAUAUAUUGCAUCUGCCGGGUUUGACAACCACGUCAAGCUAUGGAACGGGCGUGAUGGAAAAUUCAUCACCACCUUCCGCGGCCACGUCGGUGCCGUCUACCAGUGCUGUUUCUCCGCCGAUUCGCGGCUUCUGGUCUCUUCAUCCAAGGACACCACGCUCAAAGUGUGGGAUGUGCGCACGGGGAAGCUGUCGACGGACCUGCCGGGCCACAAGGACGAGGUAUUCGCCGUCGACUGGAGUCCCGACGGACAAAAGGUCGGCAGCGGUGGCAAAGACAAGGCGAUCCGGAUCUGGCGCAACUGA